GAGCUUAUCUUCAUCUCAAAUCCAAUUCUCUCUCUUUCUCUCUCUCUCUCAAUCUCAAUCUCAAUCUCAAAAUGGUGGUAUUGAAAAAUUCCUUCACAAUAAGGCCGGCUGAACCAACACCUAGAUCUGGUAUAUGUAUAUCAGAUUGUGAUCAAGAUAAGCCCAUAACACAUGCACCCCUUAUCUACUUCUACGGUUCCCUUCCUUGCCUUUCAUUUGCAUCAAUUAUUGAAACUCUCAAAAUUUCAUUGAGCAAAGCGCUGGUUUCUUUUUACCCACUAGCUGGACGUUUGUACUGGACCACUGGUAACGGUGGCCGUGUUGCACUCAAUUGCAACUCUAUGGGCGCUCGGCUUUACGAAGCCGAGUCAGAUGCCAAAAUCGAGGACUUUGGGGACUUUUGUCCUACCCCGAAACUUCGAUCACUCGUUCCUUCAAUGGAUUACAGUGAUCCACUGCAUCAACUUCCAUUGCUCUUGGUGCAACUCACCAAGUUCAAUUGUGGUGGCGUUAGCCUUGGCUUGGCUACAUCACACAUAAUGAUUGAUGGUACAAGUUUUUCUCACUUCAUGUCUACGUGGGCCAAGAUCGCCCGUGGUGAGCCGUUGGAUGUGCUGCCUUUCCUUGAUCGAACGUUGUUGCUCGCUCGGGACCCACCGAUUCCACCGCAAUUUAAUCACGAGAGGUUCAAUCCUCCACCACUCUUGAUCGGUAGAUCGGACAACCAGGAAGAGAGAAGCAAGGAAACAACCGUAGCUAUGUUUCAUCUUAGUAAAACCCAAGUUGAGAAGCUAAAGCGUAUGGCUAAUGUUGGCCGAGCCACCAACGUACAAUCCUAUAGUCGAUACGAGGCCGUGGCGGGACACUUAUGGAGAUGCACGUGCAAGGCACGUGAGCACGAAAACAAUCAAAUUACGAAAUUGUACUUUGCAGUAAAUUUCCAUAAUCGCAUGCUGCCACCGUUGCCACAAGGAUAUUUUGGGAAUGCAUAUUUAAGAAUUGCGGCAUCAAGUCAAUCGGGCGAGCUGAUGACAAGGCCAUUAGGUCACGCCUCAAGUAAAAUCAGAGAAGCCAUGGAAAUGGUCACAGACGAUUACGUUAGAUCCGCCAUUGAUUUGGUAAAAGUUCAACGAGACUUAACCCGGUUCAGGACAUACCACACGGUCGGGUCAACCCAAGGACAUUUCUAUGGGAAUCCAAAUAUUGAGAUUACAAGUUGGAUAGGCCUACCAUUGAAAAAUGUAGAUUUUGGAUGGGGAAAAGAAAUUUAUAUGGGCCCAGCAAAUGUUGCUUUUGAUGGCAAGUGUUUUGUUUUCCGUGGUCAUGAUGGGGAUGGAUCGUUGACUAUUGCAAUACGACUACAAGUGGCCCAUAUGGAUGCUUUGAAAGAAUUUUUCUACAAAGGCAUAUCUGAUUGGAGUUGCUCUAAGUUAUGAUGAUUGCAUUAUACUGCUUUCUUUGAUGCUGGUGUCUAAUUUGUACUUCCCUGUUUUCUACAUUAAUAAAUCUCUCUUUGCUCUAUUUGCUCAUCAAAAAAAA